GGAGGGGAGUGGUUAUUUUUGUCUGGUAGCAGGCAAGGACACAGAGCUUUCUUCUUCUUAAGUCUAAUCUAAUCUAGGGACGGCUGUGUCUUUCAGCGAAAUUCUCCGAGUUGACUCACUGAGCGUAGGCUUUCUUUUUAGGGUUAGGUUUUGUUGAGGUUUUGAUUUGAUGGUUCAGUUGAUGAAAGGUGGCAAGGUGUUGCCUGAAUCUGAGUUUCAGCGAGGGAAAAUGAUGCCGGUGAAGCUUGAGGUUGAGGAUCCCUUGGAGGAUCAACAUGGCCCCCUCAAUAAACGAUCUAAGCUCUCCUCUUCUCUCCUGAGGCAGCAGAACAUGGAAAUGGGUUCUUUUCCGGUACCACCAGCGCAAUACAACCCACUUGAUGAGCCAAGUCCAUUGGGAUUGCGGCUCAGGAAGAGCCCGUCGCUUUUGGAUUUGAUCCAAAUGAAGCUUUCUCAAACAAAUUCUUCUAAGGUUGGAACGCAUGGUAAAAAGGAUCACAAAGGGACUGCGGCUUCUAAUACUACUGAUAAGCUCAAGGCUUCAAAUUUUCCUGCUUCGCUUCUCAGAAUUGGGACAUGGGAGUACAAAUCAAGAUAUGAAGGGGACUUAGUGGCGAAAUGUUACUUCGCCAAGCAUAAGCUGGUGUGGGAAGUUCUUGAUGGUGGUCUCAAGAAUAAGAUAGAAAUUCAGUGGUCUGACAUUAUAGCUCUGAAGGCCAAUUACCCGGAUGACGCACCCGGAACUUUAGAUGUAGUGCUCACAAGACAACCUCUUUUCUACAGGGAGACCAAUCCCCAACCCAGGAAGCAUACUCUAUGGCAGGCAACAUCAGAUUUUACUGGUGGACAGGCGAGCAUACACAGGCGACAUUAUCUGCAGUGUCCUCAAGGGUUGUUAGGAAAGCAUUUUGAAAAGCUUAUUCAAUGUGAUCCUCGUCUAAACUUUCUUAGUCAACAAGGGGAGAUAGCAUUAGAUUCUCCAUAUUUUGAACCCAGGAUAUCUGCAUUUGACGAUUCAAAUGAAAUCAACAAUGAGUUUGAUUUGAAUAAUGAGGAAGGUCGCACCUUCUUCAACUUGCAGGGUGGAUCCUCACCAUCAGGGGCUCAAUCUUCCUCUUCCCAGCAUGUUCUCCGAGAAACACCUUCACCCAGCUCAGCGAUGGACUCCUGUUCAAUUGAUGAGAUCAGGAACAGUGGACUUGAAGAAUUGAAGGGGUUCAGCGGUUGGGAUCAGAUCAAAGUGCCUGGGCUCCACCCCUCUAUGUCAAUGAGUGACCUGGUAAGCCACCUUGAGCAUCGGAUUUCAGAACAGAGAACAUCCAACAACUCUAUGGUUUCCAUCGAGGAAAGACAAAGCUUGGAUAUUCUGGAGGAUAUCAGCCGAUGCUUGUUCAGCGACUCCCAGCAUAUGUCCGCCUCUGAUGAAAAAUCCCUAAUGUCUAGGGUCAACUCUCUUUGCUGCCUUCUGCAGAAAGAUUCGCUGAUAGUUAAAAAUGUACCGGCUACUAAAACCGAUGAUGGUCUUGAUGUAACAAUGGUGGAGAAGAAAAUGGGUGGACCAAGUACUGUUUCUGUUUCAGCGGGUGGAAUCAAGGUUGCAGAAGAUUGUCCCGUGCCAGAGGGUGAGUCGAACGAUCUCUCUGGUUGCAAGCAGGCACCAUCCAUGUCCAGGAAGGACUCAGUUGGGGAGCUGCUGCUUAAUCUUCCUAGGAUAGCAUCUCUACCACAGUUCUUGUUUCACAUCUCGGAAGAUUUUGACAACCAAGCUAGAUAGUGUCUCCGAAUGCCUAACCGAUCAUAUUAUGUGCAAAGGUGUCCUAGAGGUUAUUUCUGUCAACAUGUACAUAUUAGAGUGGUAGGUUCUUCAGUUUUAUGUCGUACUUAAAAUGUUUGUGGUUCGUCGUAGUUGGUUUUGAACACUACCUUUUUGUAAAUAUAUGAUGUCUUGUGUUGGCUUCCAUUGCUUGUUAAGUACAACUGCCAAUAUUUUUGGCAAUGACCAAGAGUAUUUGGUCUAAUGGUACUCAUUGCCUUGUAA